GAAUUAUGUCGGUAUAUGUGCAGGUAUAGAGAAUUAGAAGAAAUCAGGCUUAUGAAAUACUUAACUGUCAAGAAGAUUAUGAUUUUGACGUAUGUUUGAACCAAAUCGAAAUUUUUAGUAUUUUUAGCCCCAAUGGAGAGAACAUUUCAGAAAAAUCCUCUAAAGAAAAGAACUGUUCCAGUAGCAGAUUCUGACCGUAUCAACCAACUGGCUGAACCAAAACACCGAGUAAAUCUUGAUGAAGAGUUUUCUAGAGAAUUAAUUGAGAAGAAACCACAUAUAAAAUACAAAGCUUCAAAAAGAAUACAGAGCCUAGCUAAACCGAAGCACGUGGUGCCUAAGAAGAUCGAUAGAGACCCUACGAGUGACUUGAGUAAGUCUAUUACUAAAGUCAGCCCUAGCGCUUUGACGUAUCAAGCGUCAAGGAGAAUCAUGGAACUUGCCAGACCCAAAUAAGUUUUUUUCUAUAAAGAAUACUUUCAAUGUCUAAACCUAUAGAAAUGACUAAACCUAUAGAAAAAUACAAAUAUAAAUCAAAAAUUAUAUUUUUUUAUUUUAAAUAUUGUCAAAAGUGAAAAGUUUUUUGACCAAUGAUAAAUUAUACGACUACUCUUUCUAGAUAAGUUUUAGAUAGGUAGUCUUUUUUCGUCAGUCA